CAACAAGCCAGUAGCGUUGCUAAGCAACACACAUUUUAUCAGUUAUGAUUACCUUACAACGCUCACCUUUGCUACCGGCUACGGUGGCUUUUUAUGUCCAAAGAGACGUACGCUUUUUGUAGUUCAAAUCGGGGCCGGUUUGUAUUCAGACCACAAGCGAACCACAACAGAGUCUGUUUGGAACCGAGACCACCUCAAAAAGUGGGUCUCGGUCCGGACCAGGGUUCGCUUGAAUGUAUUCACAUCGCACAAAAGGUCCGGACCAAGGGGGGAAACUAACUCUGGUCCGUUUAAAGCGGACCAAAAGUGGCAAGUGUGAAUACACCCUUAAAAGCAUCUAAGUGCUAUGAAGGGUCUCCAGCAAACAAUAGCCAAUUCUACCAACUAUCCAGCCCAGGCCCAGCGCCUUCGACACACUGCCCAGUCGAGACCCACACAGCGGCACCGCAAAUCCGGUAAUCGAUUUCCGUGUUGUUUUUGGGUCAGAGCCAACAUUAAGAGCGGAUGUGCUCUUGUUCCUCCAGACACUGUGAUUAGACAUCAGUCAUACCGUGCAAAUGAGAAAAUAGGGGAAUUGUUUCAGACUAUGUUUCCGGACUCUGACAUUGCCAAAUAAUUCAGGUGCGUGAGAGAUUAAACUGCCUACAAUCCGCGCUUAUAUAUGGAUAAUAUAUGGGAUUUUAUCAAGAGAGAGCUAAUUUACAAAGUGACGAGACCGUUUGUGCUGAUGUUUGACGAGAGUUUAAAUCACACCACCAAAAAGAAACAAUUGGACAUGCACAUACAUUUUUAGGAGGGCAAGCAGGUACAGUCAAGGUACCUGGGAUCCCAGUUCAUGCGCCAUGCAACAGCCAAGGACCUAAUGAGAGAGUUGAAAGUAAGUAAAUGCUUUAAUUAGCAAAAUACUUACUGUCAUGUUUAGAGGUUGUUGUUUUUUUUAUUAGCAAAAUGGUGAUUAGAGUAUGUUCUAUUUAAUUGAUUGUUACCAUUUUUCCUUAUUCUCAUUUUGUUACUACUCCCUUUUGAACGGUAUGGCGUCUACCUCCCUUAGCCGGGUGGCUACUUUGCAAGAAAUAUUUUAAUUGUAUUCAGUUAAACUUAAUAUAGAGAACACCAAUAACCAUAGGCAGAAAGAAACAUUGAUAUGAUAAAUGGCUAAAGGGGAAUGACCCAUCUGUCUAGGGAUGUAGUAUAGUAUUAAGACAGUUGUCUUGUAAAUAAUAGCCUACAGGUCUAUACAUGGUUCUAUGUGUGAUAGCAAAAUUGUAUAAUGAAAUAUUUACACAAUCAAUAGAACAGCGAAGGUUGCUAGCAUUCACUGUAUAAUGCAAACGUUCUAAUUCCGUGGUCAAUUUUAGGGUGUAUUCACAGCUGCCACCUUUAGUCCGCUUCCAAACGAACUCUGGUGCGGUUCGCUUAUGGUGUGAAAACGGCACCGAUCUGAUCCAAAUACAGAAAACAUAGGUCUCUUUGGUGUACAUUGUACGGAAAUCACACAUAAUCAGCUGUAUGUUGCUUAGCAACGCUUCUACCGGAAUGUUGUGGGUCACAGCACGCAGAGCACCUCGUCUCCUUCGGCAUGCAACACACGUUCUCUGACGGGGUGCCAUAAUUAUAAAAUAGAACGUCGCGUAAGGUGAAGUUUGCGUUGAAAGAGCUGCUCUUCACCCUCAGAAUAAUAUUGCGGCUGUCAUAACGACACAAAUAUGCAGAACAGGUGCUGCACGCAACAAUUGUUUUCCCUCAAUUUCCGGGUCUGUGCUCUGUCCCGCCCCGUCAUUUCUGUCCAAUGGGAGCAAUGAUCGUCGCCCGCGUAGCUUUGUUUUCAAGGUAAUAGUUAACUUGCAAAAAGUACAAUGUGCAUCAAACCGCAUUAAAAAAAAAAACAAGCGGACCACAGGACAAUCCUGGUGUGGAUACACCCUUAAACAACACCACAAAUACAUCUAAAUGGAUAUGAAUUAUUUGCCCCUCUGGUACGUGUGGAACCCCUUGACCUAAGGAGACUGGUAUCCAUUUCAAUCAACGGGCCCAUAGCUUGUUACAACUCUUCCAACAAGAACACGCAGAGAGGUAAGGAGGUUCUGAACUUGCUGCUGUGGGGAGCUGUGGACUACACACAUUACAUAAUGCUGACAAAAAUAACAUUUCCAUGUGGCAAGUAGAGAAAUUGCUGAGAGCCAUGCACACAUUUUUCCACAAUAUGCGAGCAAGGAGAUAAAACUACACUGUUGUGACCAAGUCCUCCUCCUUCCCUUUAUCUUUCUGUGGCUAUUGGUGGAUUGAAAACCAGCCUGUGAUAAAGAGAGCUCUUGAAGUUUGGCCAUACACCCUGGAACAUCAUCUUUUGACACAGUGGAGAAAGCCAUGAAAGACACUCAUUGUGGCCAAGUUACAGUUCUCCUUGACUGUUGGCUUUUCAAUUCCAUUUUGAAGAGGGGAUGUCAUUCUACAACAAUUUGAAGCCUUCCUGUCUGUUGAGAGUAUAAGUUAGGAGUUCCUCUUCUUCCCCCUGAUGCAAAAGAGGCUUGAUGUCUUCUUGAGAGGUUUCCUUGUGAACAACCCAGAGCUUUUUGCCAGAAGUUUUGAUUGUGUCUCAUGGACAGGCCACUGUUGAGAGAGGCUUUUCUGUUAAUAAAGAAAUUGAAACUUCCUACAUGCCAGAGGAUACUGGUAGUAUAGGAACUAGUAUGUCACUCGACAUGGCGGUGUUACCAAAGUCCUACUGACAAAAGAACUCUCGAGUUCAGUGGCGUCAGCUAGGAACAGGUACCGUCUUUACCUUGAAACAGAGAAAAAUAAGAAAGAGUCGCUUGCAGAGGGCCAAAGGAGAAUGCCGCAAAAGAUUACUUGGAGGAACUCAGAAAAAGGAGGAACACUAUACAGACAGUUCCUGAAAGUCUUUCCAGAGAUGCAGACAAAUUUGCAGGGGAGGCUGAGAGCAAGGAUGGCAGUAAGAUGGCUCAGCUAAUAACCAAGUCAAACACUCUGAAGAGGGCCAUCAAAGAGAAACCAGCUGAGCUCAAGAACAUUGAGGAAGAGAUUUUGGCCAAAGGAGAAGAGCUUAGAUUAUUUUACCCACACUGACUCAUGCCAUAUAUGUAUAUGUGGAUGUGGGCUUUCUCACAUCCUUCUGUCUCUUCAUGUAAUCUCAGACAUAGUAGAUGAUGUUAAGAUCAGGGCUCUGUGGGGGCCAUACCAUCACUUCCAGUAUCACUUCCAGUGUGUGUGUGUGUGUAUAUAUAAUAUAUACGUGUGUGUGUAUAUAUAUAGGUGCAAUUUCUUUAAAAGGAAGCUUAUUAAGUUAUUUACUAUUUGAUGUUCACAUCGUAGUCUGUAUAAGAUAAGUAUCCACUCAGUUGGGUUACAGCAUAGAACAGGUAUAACCAUUAUUGUUCUUAAGUGUGGAAAUGCAUUAAGUGUAGAGCAUCAAGUCUUGAACAGAACACUAAACUAAAUUAGUAGGGUGUUUAAAACUUUUUUCAUUUUUCAAGGAAUAAAAUGACCACACUUCUUAGACUACUUUUCUUUUUCUAAAUAUGUAAGAGCUACUUAUGUAUACUCACGUAAUAAAAAAUGUGGUCCUGCUCAGUGUAUUUCAAAAUUUAAAAAAAAUAAUACGUUUCAUAUUGGAUAUACAAAAAAUGUGAGUGUGAAAUGUUUUAUGCCUAUCAUGUCCCAGCUGCAGUAGGCUAAUUAUUACAUUUUAUUAGGUUAGCAACCAAAACUUACUUGACGUGUGCCGAUUCUCGACUUUCUGACAGCAUUUUAAGGCAGCAGGGGAUAGUUUUACGAUUAGUCUUUACCAUUUCCUUAUUACUCUUUCUUCAGUUUCAGUAACUUCUUUCUUUUGUAAGCUUAUAGCUACGCCAUAAAGUGAGUAGAUAAACUAGAAAUUAUUUUUUAGAAAAACGAAACAACUCCCAGACUAUGCUAGAGCGUGGCAAAUAUAAAAUACCCGUUUUUUCUCUAGAAAGCAAGGAUUUCAUUCAAUAUUUAGGCUUUACUUUUCUAAUGCUUAAUUGUUUAUCUUUUGUUCUGUCAUUUUGUUUCCUAAAGAACAUAAGUUAAUUUUAAUAGAAACCCCAUUAGAAGUUGGAACAUGAGGUGAGGGGUUUCCGAGGACAAAUAUAGAAAGAUUUAAAAAAAAGAUUUUAAAAGAUGGAGGAGGUCUUUGGGGAGGGGGGAACUGGAAUUUUCUCUUGUGCAGGCCAGUCUGGGACCGUUUCCUGCCACCUAAUGCUCCACUUUUCACUACAACUUUACAGUUUGCAUAAAGGGCAAACUGUUUGUUCGCGAAGCAUCUCCUGUGAGCGGGGACUUACAAGGAUUUAUUCCGAGUGAAGGGGAAGGAACAGAAAAAAAGAUGUUCUAGUAGAUUCAAGGAAAGAAGACGGAAGCAGAUUUACAAAAAGAUGUUUCGGAAAAAAGCAUCUUCAUCCUUGAGAAUGACGAGGAUAGCUGGAAGCUCAACAUACAGGGGGCGUAGUCUUUCCUUCCACGAGGUUCGUUGCCAGCGUGAGAUGGAGAUGAGGGCCGCAACCGAAGAGACAUCCAAUAGCAGUGUUGCGGGUGGUGGAAGUACAGUCCUUCAGCGCCUCUUGCAGGAGCAGAUGAAUCGGAACUAUGUGCUGCAACAACAGCAACCGUCUGGAGGAGGUGGGGUGGGGGUAGCGGCAGUUGGAGGAGGAGGUGGUUAUUCAGUACAAGGACAGGUAAGCCCCUGUGAUGAUCAUUCAGUAAGUGCUCACAUUGCAAGACAAGAGCCCCAGGGACAGGAGCUUCAGACAGACAGUGGCCUGGAGAAGGUUGGUGGUAUCCGAGUUGGAGGGCAUGGUGGGGGCAGUGUAGGUGGGGGAUGUGUGGGCUCUUGUGGAGAAGCAGUUGGUGGAGGGGGCAGUGGAGUUGGUGGGAUCACUCAAGGACAGUGCCUAAACCUAGAAGAUCUCCCAACAUACGAGGAAGCCAAAGUUCAGUCACAGUACUUCCGCGGCCAUGGUUCUCCUCCUCAGCAGCAAGAGAGCAGCCAGUCUCAGCAGCCUUCACUACCUGCCUCGCUGGGUGCCGCUUUUUAUGUCACUGGACUGAGCAACACCAAAGUUCGCAUCGAGGGUCGCCCAACACUGCAGCGUGUCAGUGGUGCAGGGAGGGUGCACCAAGAUGAUGGACUUAAAGAUCUAAAGCAAGGACAUGUCCGGUCUCUCAGUGAGCGACUUAUGCAGCUUUCAUUGGCCACCAGUGGUGUAAAGGCCCAUGCUCCUGUAAGCAGCACUCCACUCUCCCCACAGCUACCCCCGUUAGGGCAGCCUGGAGACUACUACAAGCCACUGCAUCGCGGCCCACCACCAGACUAUCCUUUUAAAGGAAUAUGCCCUCUUGGCAGUCAUCCGGAAUCUGGAAGCCCCUUUUAUCAGGAGCCAAGAGUACGGGACCACUCCAGGGAGGUUCCAACUGUUCGAUAUCAGCCUCCUCCUGAAUAUGGCUCUUUCAGAUCCAGUAAGGAGGUCUCAGUUCACUACCAGAGACCCCUUAACCAGCACAGUCCCACCUCUUCUGUCACCUCUGUUGGAUCUUUGUCUCGUGCCCAGUCCUCUACUCUCAGCAGCAUGCUUUCUACCUCACACUCCUCUCAUUCAUCAAUUCCUCACCAGCCACCUCUGAGUCAAGGAGAGCAUUACCCCAUCAUGGGACCCCGUGGUCCACAAGGCACAGGCUCCCACCAAGUGGCAGAGCCUUUUCCCCCAGGAGCUGUUCAUCAGACACAGAGGGGUCAUACCUUUCCUUCUGAUUCUUAUGCCUCCACUCCAAGGUUGCAGCAUAAUCAGCAACACAAUCAAUGUCAACAACAGCAGCAACUCCAGGGACCUCCACACACCCAGUUGUCGGUGCAGGCAGGACAUUUUCCCCAGCAGCACUCCUAUAUACAGCUACAUGGAGAGCCCUUUGCAGUGAUGGCCCGUGCCCAGCAAAUGGUAGAUGUUCUGACAGAGGAAAACAGAAUUCUGAGACAGGAGAUGGAGGCUUGUCGUGAGAAGGUCAGCAGGCUACACAAGUUGGAAACAGAGAUACAGCUGGUGUCAGAGGCAUAUGAAAACCUUGCCAAGUCCUCCUCUAAGAGGGAGGCCUUGGAGAAAACCAUGAGGAACAAGUUGGAGCUACAGGUGCGCCGACUGCAUGACUUCAACAGAGACCUGCGAGAGCGAAUGGAAACGGCCAAUAAACAACUCGCCUCUAAGGAGUGUGAAAGCUCUGAGGACAAUCGCAAAACCAUCUCCCAGCUGGUUGCUCAGAAUAAAGAAAUUCUGCGAGAGAAAGAGAAACUUGAAAUGGAGCUGAAUGCGCUGCGCUCAACUGCAGAUGACCAAAGGAGACACAUUGAGAUCAGAGACCAAGCACUGAACAAUGCUCAGGCUAAAGUGGUUAAGCUAGAGGAGGAGCUUAAAAAAAAGCAAGUUUAUGUCGAGAAAGUGGAGAGAAUGCAGCAAGCUCUGGCUCAGCUACAGGCAGCAUGUGAGAAAAGAGAACAACUGGAACAUCGUCUUCGUACAAGACUGGAAAGAGAGUUGGAGUCUUUACGUCUGCAGCAGCGUCAAGGAAGCUCACAGAGCAGUGGUUUGGCAACAUCAGAAUACAACGCUACAGCCCUCAUGGAGCACCUAAGGGAGAAGGAGGAGCGCAUUUUGGCUCUGGAGGCUGACAUGACUAAAUGGGAGCAGAAGUAUUUGGAGGAAAGUGUGAUGAGGCAGUUUGCCCUGGAUGCUGCUGCGUCUGUCGCUACGCAGAGGGACACAUCUGUAGCAGGGAUAAGCCACUCUCCGUGCAACAGCUACGAUACUUCUGUGGAAGCUCGAAUUCAGAAAGAAGAAGAGGAGAUCCUAAUGGCCAAUCGUCGCUGUCUGGACAUGGAGAGCAGGAUAAAGAAUCUCCAUGCCCAGAUCAUUGAGAAAGAUGCCAUGAUAAAGGUUCUUCAUCAACGUUCCAGAAAAGAGCCCAUAAAAUCUGAUGCACCAUCUGCCAUGCGACCUUCUAAAUCCUUGAUGUCCAUCUCCAACACUGGUCCAAGUGGUUCAGGACUGCUUUCCCACAGCCUCGGGCUUAGCAGCUCACCAAUCACUGAAGAGCGAAAGGAUGCCAGCUGGAAGGGCAGCCUGGGAGUACUGCUGGGUCCUGAGUGUCGCACAGAGUCUCUGCGGACAGAAUCCAUCUCAUCGUCACCAUCCCCAGUACUUUCGACCACCCCGAUGACUACAGGCCACUCAAAGACAGGCAGCAGGGACAGCUGCACACAGACUGACAAGGGUCAGAGCCAGGAAGCCAGCAAGCCCAGCCCUUUAACCAUGCAGAGUAUGACCCUUCCUGCCCGCCUAUCAAGUCCCAGCCCGGUUUACAUCCCAGAUCGCUUAGCAGAAGUUCCAGUGUUUCACAGCAGCACCUUUGAGCGGAGGUUCCCCAUGCCGUCCCAUUUACAGCAACAAGCUCCUCCCCCAGCUCAAGCAGCCCUACAAGAGGUAGACACAGACAUAGUUGAGAUCCUCAUAUGAAACCAUGAUUUCAAGAAAAAGAGUUUAUACAUAUAGACAAUUGGAUGGCAGGUACAUCCCAAGACUUUUCUUAUCUCAUGUAUUAUCCUAUAUAUGUAAUGCCUGGUAAACAUGGUAAGAUAAUAAUGCCGUUUUUUGACCAGAUCUUCCCCUUCCGACAAUCUUAAGGACUCCCUGGUUAUCGUAACGGCUCUAAAUAUAAUUUAAUAAGAUAUUCCUGCUGUGUGUGGUGUGUUAAGAGUGAUCUAGUCUGCUUGGAAGGGCUCCUUUAACCAACAAAUUUUUUUUUCUGUAAUGUUUCCUCUCUGCUAAAAUUAGUCCAUACACUCUUGCCUUUGGUUCUUCCUAGUUGGUCGUGUUAAUUUACUCUGAACUCGUGUUUGAUCUCGAGAGGUUUUUCGAGAUUGCCAGACAUCUGAAUGUUCGUGAUUAAAAUCUGUUCGUGUGUGGUGUGCUGUACACCACACAUUGUAGGACCAAACCUGUUAUAUCUUAGAUUUUGUAUCUGUCAUGUGUGGGGUGUCACAGGUUUUGAAAAUCAAUCAACAAUUUUAAAAUCUUCCCUUGUGAACCCAGGCAUAAAGCUUCAUGUUAGUGCUGAGAGACAUUUUCACUUAUCUUUCCUUGUGCAUUCAAUCUACAAGUUCAGCCUGUCUAACAGAGGACAGGGUUACAAGAGGUACAGUUUUGCAUAUUAAGUGGCCUGGAAAAGUUUUUAGAUAUUUUUAUAUUGUUUCUUUCAGUUGUAACUUUUAUACUGUCUUAUUGAAAGUGUUAAGGAAUUAAGUAUGUCUUGAAAAAAGUGUAUAAUUGGGCAAUGCUGAGAAGCCGAAUGUCCUUCCAACUCAAAUUAAUUUCCUUUGGUAUUUCUGUAUCCAAGUUAAAUUGUUCUACUACAAUAAUGUAUUACUUAACUAUAAACACUUUUGUAAGGGUCUGCGUGUUACAAUGACUGCAUUACUAACUGUAAUACCAAAUGUUUUUUAGCACAUCUAAGUUGGUAAAGCUUCCCAUCAAAGUCCACUGAUUUUCAAGUAAUGAUCUGAAAACUGCUUAAACAGCACAGUUUUUUUCAAGAUAAAGUAACCAUUUCAAACAUUGACAUAGAUUUAUAUAGAUUAAUCCCAUUGGACUAAUUGUAUAUACUGUUAUUUCAAUUAUUUAUUUCACAGUAUAAUCACAUCUGUUUGUGGCUUUAUUUUUAAGCUUCCCUUGUGUUUAUGUGUUUAUUUUUGUUAUACCUUAGACAUAAGAGGUAGCUAUGAAAUCAGGAGUUAUAUCAGCUAUAGUGCUUUAAAACAUUUUUUACAUGUACACAAUGUGUGUACUUUUUAUAACUCAGAACUACAGACUUAAAAACAUAGAAACUUGCCAAAUUGUAAAUGACUUAAAAGUUCAGCGUCUUGGCUUUCUGUAGAUAUGGGAAGCCCUUUUUUUCUCCAUCUAGAUUAGAUUAGGGUCAAUCUGACAUUUUACAAUAGAAAUCUUACCAGCUUACUUCUUUUUAAUAAUUUAAAAAGAGAAGUUAAUCUGAAAUUGUAAGGAAGAAUAUAUUUAAGCUUAAAGUUUUAUUGUUAGUUCUGUUUUUGUGGGACACACAAAUGCAACUUUAUUAUUACACCCUGUCGGUUUCUCUUACCUUAAAAUGCAUUUUAUUUUCCCAGCAACAUCUUUAGUAAUUAUGCCUCAGUAAUAAACUGUCAUCAAACUGGAGGAUGAGUAGUUUCCCAUGAACCCAUUCAUACACAGAUUCACACACUGACAGAUACCAUGCCCUAAAACAGCAAAGCAGCCUGAGACAAUUACACCACACCACCACGUUUGACUGCUUGUAUGUUGUUAUUUUUCUAAAAUGCUUUGUUAGUUUUCAUGUAAUCACAAUAUAAAUACAGAUACAACUAAGGCACUCUUCGGAAGCUUCCUGUAUGUUACAUAUUUUCUCAGUUAAUGGAUAACGGCUCUUAUUGUGUGUUACUGUAAUCCCAAAGUCUUAGAAAGGCCUUUGUAACCCUUUCCAGACUAAUAGAAAGGGUUAUUACCUAGAUUUGCAUGCUAGGUAACAAGCCAAGAUUGAGAGUACUUUCCAAGAUAUAAUAUAAAGAUAAUUGAAGAACAGAUGUGGAACUCUCAGGUUAAGAAAAUCUUUUUUUUUUUCGUUGUACUAUGGAUAGUGGAUUGUUUGGCUUUUGUCAUGAAUGUUUGUCAUUGCGUUAAAAUUCAGAUACAAAGGUAUCUUUUAGAUUUGUAACCUGUUGGUUUUAAACAAAGCUAACAAGAUGCAUUUCUUAUCACCCUAUAACAAAGUCUCUACUCAUCUUAACAGAGAAAUGGUUCAUCCUAAACAGCAUUUUCUAUUCGGUCUAGAUAGGUAGUGAAUUUUGGAAAAUACUGAGUUAGUGAUCUCAGAUAUUUAGCAUAUAUACAGAAAUGCAAUUAAAUCUGUUUUUGAUAAAGUCUUCAAUUGGAUAAUUGUGUAAUUGUAUGAUAAGAGAUGUGAUGCGUUUUUCAGCUCAUUCUGUUUUAUGCUGUAGUAGCAGUAAAAAAAACAUUUGUAAUAUUAAAUUGAUGUGGCACAAAUGUCAUUCUAAUUGUUCUAAUUGUAGGGAAAGAUAUUUUUAUGUGGCAUCAGACAUAAUCUGAUAUCUCAACACAUGAUUUUGAAGAUACUGGUAAAACAGGCUAAAGCACAAACAUCUAGUAAACUGUGAAAGGUAUGAUGAGAAAUACAAAAGAAAAAAAAAAUGUUGUCAUAUUGUCA